AUGAUAAUUGAAAAUCAGGCCAGUGUGUUUUUUGUGUCAGGGUUCGUUAGUAUUGAUAUUUAAGCACUGGAGCUUAUUUGUUGUAUUUAAAGGAUUAUAGCUUAUUUCCUCGGGAUAAUUCAUGGAAUCAUGCGAAGGUGGAUGUUCUGCUACAACUGGUUGCAUUUUUGGAGAUCUCAUGCAGAUCAGUACGACUGGAGCGUCUCCACAAACGGCUUCCCAGGACAACUACACCAUAAGUAAUGUUGCCGCUUCACAUAAAAUGGCUGAAGUUGAUCUGGAGAGGAUGAACCAGUACAAGUGCAUUAUCAUGAAAGUUGCCAGAGAUAAAAUGAUGGACCCAGCUGUGAUGGCGGGCAUCAUAUCCAGAGAGACGAGGGCUGGAUCGAGUGGAUCAGGACUUGUCGAUGGUUGGGGAGAUCAUGGCAAUGCCUUUGGGCUUAUGCAGGUUGACAAACGUUACCACCAUCCAGAAGGAGCCUGGAACAGUGAGGAGCACAUCGCUCAAGCUACUGAUAUUUUGAUCACUUUCAUAAAAGCAAUUCAGCAAAAAUUCCCAGAUUGGUCCAAGAAUGAUCAAUUUAAAGGAGGAAUCGCAGCCUACAACGCUGGCCCAGGAAACGUCUGCUCUCUUGAGGGCAUGGACAUGAAGACCACAGGGAAGGACUAUGCGAAUGAUGUAGUGGCUCGAGCCCAGUGGUUCAAAUGCAAUGGCUACUGAGCAGUAUAUCUCAUGAUGCACUGUGUAACAUAUACUACUUGUUUAAAAUUUAUCCUUAUACCGUACUAAUUGAUAAUGUGGAUGAUAAAUUGUGUUUGUCUUUCUUCCUAAGGAUCAAACACCAAUAUAGUUAAUAGUAUUAUAAAAUGUAUUUGGCAGUUGUUUAUUAACAAUAUUACAAACGGCCAAUGUAAUGUGUCCACGUUUCUCCUUGAAUAAAGGUGUCACUGCAAGUCAAUAAAAAGAUGUAUUCAGUCUAA